UGUCCAACACAUUCACGUGAUCAGGAAGUGCAACUACAAAUUCGAACGAAAUGCUGUCUGCCAGCAGCAUUAGCACAGAUUAGAACAUCUUUGCCAUUACAUUUAGCUAAAUAAUGUGGUACUCAGUGUUACAAAAAUCAUAUCUACAUACCUCUGUGCAUGUCCUAAAAAAGGCUGCGCAUAAUCUGAAAGGAAAGAGUACUGCCGAUCAGCGUUGGAUAGUUCGGCAGCUUAAUGACCCCUUUGUGAAGGCUGCCCAUGUGCACAACUACCGGUGUAGAAGCGCCUUCAAACUGCUGGAGAUUGAUGACAAAUACAAACUUUUAAAACCCGGAUUCAACGUAAUAGAUUGUGGUGCUGCACCGGGUGCUUGGAGCCAGAUAGCUGUUCACAGGGUCAACUCAACUGGGGCUAACGGAGAAUUCCCCCGUGGCACUGUGGUUGGAAUUGACCUUCUGCGUAUAGCACCUCUAGAUGGAGCUCACUUCCUGUCCAAUCAUGACAUCACCGACCCAGUCACACAUGCCAAGCUGCUUCAACUUCUCCCUGGUGCUCAGGCUCAUGUCAUCAUGAGUGAUAUGGCACCCAAUGCCAGUGGUUUCAAGGAGAUGGACCAUGAAAAACUCAUCACAAUGUCAUUGUCAUUGAUUGACUUGGCUGCGAAGGUGUUGCAGACCGGUGGCUCUCUCAUUUGUAAGUAUUGGGACGGGGCAUUGGCGCACCAGCUUCAGCAGAAGCUUUCAGCUGUGUUCCGUGACGUCAGGACAGUCAAACCAAAAGCCAGCCGAAAGGAGUCGUCCGAGUUGUUUUUCCUUGCCCGGUCGUACAGAGAAAAUAAAAUAGUACAAGGUGAUAUCAACAUCUACGGGCCAGAAUGUAUUGUAUGUAUCAAGCCCUUGUCAUCAGAGCCACCGUGUUCCUCAAGUAAAUUUCUGUGCACGUCAGAACAAUUAUUUUUCCUUUGUCAGGCAUGUCUGAAGUAGUACAAAGUACAUUUGGUAUUUGUGAGAUAAUAAGUAUUCCAGUUUGCCAUUUGUAAUGCUUAUAAUCUGUUUUGCCAGCCAUGUAGUAACAUGUAAUCAUUCUCUCAUUUAGGGCUUGUAUAGGGAAAACAGGCUGGAUGAAAGAGCCACGGACACCAUGACUAAUGAAAAGGCUGAUGCCACUGAAGCCGUGCAUUAUAAAUAGUGUUGGUCUUCGCUCUCAGAGAGCGGGGAUGUGCUCUUCAAUACAUCAUCAGGCUGGCAUUUGAAUGCUCUGCUUGAAAUGAUGUGGUUUUGAAUUAUUUUUGCCAAGUGGACUGCCACUGAUUGAGAUUUCCCUCAGAUACAGAGCUAAAUACCUUGGGAUGAAGGCCCACAGUAGUGUUGAUUUGGCACUAUUUACUUUGCCUGUUUGUCUCUCUUGUCACUGACUACUUUCUGUAAUUAUGUGGCUCUCAGGGUUUGAAAGUACUCUGCUGAUUUGACCAGGAACAAAGAAACAAAUGUAUCAGAACUGUGCAAUAGACUGAGAACACAAUUAAAUGUGAUGGGGAAAGGAGAAACGGAUACAAAUGUUUCUUAAAAUAGAGAAUAUGAUGAAAAUAACCUCACCAUAAAGAUGCACAUGGAAGGUUUCAUAUAUUUGAUACCAUACAUUGGUGGAGGGGCCCUGUCUCCAUGACGCUAUUAUAAACCUUCAUACAAUUAGCCAGUGAGCUGUGACUUUCAAGCCAUCGAUACCUCCCUGUUAUCUCCUCAGUUAUAUAAGUGAUCAGCAGCUAGAUUGUAAAGGGUUCAUUGUUGGCGUAUUGAGUUCCACAUGACUUGUGUUACACAGCACAUAGAAUGAAUAGUAAUGUGGACAUCUGAGCCUGCACAAAAAUAUUAGGUACGUGCGUGACAAAUAAACCUCAUUUUAAACGUUG